AAUCUACGAAAAUGAAACUGUUCGGACUUUUAGUGUGCUUGAUUGCUGCGGUUUCGGCUGCCCCUAGCAAGGACUACAUCGAACUAGCACGUGGUGGACGUGUUGUUGGUGGAAUUAAUGCUCUGCGCCAUGAGUUUCCGAGCAUCGUUUCAAUUCAGCGUUUGAUCCUGACUCUGUCGGCUCACAUCUGCGGUGGCAGCAUUAUCAACCAGCGCUGGGUCUUGACCGCUGCUCAUUGUGUCACUGAAUCGCCUGAGAAUGCCCGCUUCGCCGUAUGGGCUGGAUCGCAUGAUAUCACCGCCUCGGAAACUACCCGUCAGUUGGUCAACGUCGAGCAAUCCAUUGUUCAUCCGGAAUACCUCGGUGGAGUUAAUCCUUCCGAUGUGGCUGUCAUGCGCCUGGUCGGAUACUUGAACUUCAAUGAUUUCGUCCAACCCGCCACGCUGCAGCCUAUCGGAAAUCAGCCCCAACCAGGACCGGCCACUCUUGCCGGAUGGGGAAGCACUUCGAACACUGCCAAUCCAUCGAUGCCAGCCAUUCUGCAGAAGGUCGUCAAGCCAAUCAUCGACUACGAGACUUGCCUGCAAGCCAACGGAGGAGAAGGAAACAGUCCGCUGGGACCAUCCAACCUCUGCACUGGACCACUGACCGGAGGUAUCUCUGCCUGCUCUGGAGAUUCCGGCGGCCCACUGUACACCAUCGCCAACGGUGUGCAGACUCAGGUCGGCAUUGUGUCCUGGGGAUGGAUGCCAUGUGGCACGAUUGGACGUCCAUCGGUGUACGUUGGCAUUUCUCACUACCGUGCUUGGAUCGAUAGUACUGCAGUGUAAAA